AUAUAGGCACGCGCGACAGGCAUUGUACUUUUGAAACAGCAUCGUUUCGCAGCACCGUAAGAAGAAAGGGUUAUUCGUUAAGCCAUUUUCCUGCAAUCGAGAUAGAAAAUGGGGUACGUGCUGAGAGUGAGAUUAGCGUCGUUCUUUACCGGCGCUGCAACGGCGUCGUUUGCAGGUCUCUACAUCCUCCAUAGGGAUUACAAACUUGCGCAUCAAUCCCUUACUCAACAGACAAAUGGUCUCUACGAAUCACUUAACAGUCGAAUUUCUUCCUUGGAAAAACUCAAACAAACUGAAACUUCGCAACAGGCGGAAGCUACAGAAUAAGUAUGUGGAUUGAGGCAUCUGUUGUAGUUAAUUGUUGUGGUGGAAAAUUUUUAUCGAAUAUACUCACUGCGACAAGUGACUUUUCACUGGUUACUCUUGUAAGGAGUAAAGUUUAAUUUCACUCAUUUUAUGCCAUCUCAUGUGGCUCAACUUUUUUACCAUAAGUGUUCGGACCAGUUCUGUAUUCUGAUGUAUGAAUAUUUGGGAUGGGAGACAAUGCUUUCUUUUAUGAA